GCCUUCUAUAUUCCUUCUUCUAGUAGACCGGCUGACAGGAUAAAAUGGCGACCGCUCAAAUCUCCAAAAAACGAAAGUUUGUGGCCGGAGGUGUGUUUAAAGCUGAAUUGAACUCCUUCCUUACUCGUGAAUUAGCUGAGGAUGGUUAUUCUGGAGUUGAGGUCCGUCUGGCCCCCACUCGUACGGAAAUCAUCAUUCUAGCUACCCGUACUCAGAAUGUUUUGGGUGAGAAGGGACGUCGUAUCCGCGAGUUGACUUCUGUUGUUCAGAAGAGAUUUGGUUUCCAGGAGGGAACUGUUGAGCUCUAUGCUGAGAAGGUUGCUACCCGUGGCUUGUGCGCCAUUGCUCAGGCUGAAUCCCUACGCUACAAACUCAUUGGUGGCCUAGCUGUCCGAAGAGCUUGCUAUGGUGUUCUCCGUUUCAUCAUGGAGUCUGGAGCCAAGGGUUGUGAAGUUGUUGUGUCUGGUAAACUUCGUGGACAGCGUGCCAAGAGCAUGAAAUUCGUUGAUGGCUUGAUGAUCCACAGUGGUGAACCUACCAACGUUUAUGUUGACUCCGCUGUCAGACACGUUUUGCUUCGCCAAGGAGUACUUGGUAUCAGGGUUAAGAUCAUGUUGCCGUGGGAUCCCAACAACAAAAAUGGACCUAAAAGACCAUUGCCGGACAACGUUUCCAUCUUGGAACCCAAAGACGAAACACACAUUGUGGAGGAACUUAAAGCAGCGAAGUUGUCCGAAAUCGCAGCAGUACCUCCUGUCCAAGCGGUUGCCUAAGGAGUUUGUCUAUUUACUGGGCGAGUGUGGAUUAACUACCGCAGUUUCCAAAAUGAACGAGUUAAAAUACAUGCUUCUGCCUGGUCA